AUUGUCUAGGCAAUGGAAGGUGGAUGUAUUCAUAUUAGGGAUUUGUAGGUUAAAACAAGCUAAAUCAGUGUUUUAGCCGAUCUUACAUUAAAAUAUAUGGUACUGGUUCUGUGUUUUAAAUACAGAAUAAAUAAUAAAAUUUAAACAAUACGUUCUAAUUUCACAGGAAACCAAGGAACUUAUUAUAUAUUAAUAAUUGAAGUACAUUGCAGUGAACAUUAUGUUUUAUAAGUAUAAAGAUCUAGAAUUAUUUCUUGCUAUUAACAACUGACUGCAUCCCAAAAGUAUAAACUUUAAUAUUAGGCGUAUACAAUGAAAAUAGAUGUACAUCCCUUGUCUAAUAAUCCAACUGCAGCAUGGAAAGAAAUGUCUCAAAAUCAAAAAGUUAUAAAAAUUCAUGUUUCUAUGCCCAAACUUAAAGUCAGUCCAAAUAAGGCACGUGUCGUCUGUAUGAGUGAUACUCACUCACUGACCUCUCACAUUAAGUUUGAUGUUCCUGAAGGAGAUAUAUUCAUUCAUGCUGGUGAUUUCACAAAAUGUGGUGGAUUGGAUGAAGUUGUGGAUUUUAAUAACUGGAUAGGUGGGCUCCCUCACAAACACAAAGUUGUCAUCGCAGGCAAUCACGAGCUCAGCUUUGAUCACACAUUCACUCACCCACUGAGUCACUCCCCGAGUGAUGGCUCCAGGGGUGGCAGUAUCGUGGAUCAGAUCCCAACCCUGGGCAUGCCACGAGACAACAUCGCAGAGGCUGUCAAGAUGCAGAAUAUUAAAGAUUGCUUGACGAAUUGUAUCUAUUUACAAGACGAAGUCGUCACCUUGUACGGUUUGAAGAUUUAUGGGACUCCAUGGCAACCAGAGUUUUGCAAGUGGGCAUUCAACCUGCCUCGUGGAGAAGCCUGUUUACAGAAGUGGGACGCUAUUCCCGAUGAUACGGAUAUCCUGGUGACGCACACUCCGCCCAUAGGACACGGAGAUCUGUGUUGUACUGGAGUCCGUGCGGGCUGUGUAGAACUACUCUCCACGGUACAGCAGAGAGUCAAACCCAAGUAUCACAUAUUUGGGCAUGUUCAUGAAGGAUAUGGUGUUUCGUCAGAUGGGAAGAUUAUUUAUGUAAAUGCUUCGACUUGUGAUAUAAACUACUUGCCAAACAAUCCUCCGAUAGUGUUUGACAUAAGCUUACCUCCUGGUGCAAAUAAGGAAUUUUAGUUGUUUAGUGUAGUAUUUAACGAGCAUAGCUGAUGCAAUGUUGUGAAAAUAUGUGAUUUAAUUUAAGAAAAUUAGAUUGUAACAAAUUUUACUACAUUUUAGGAUUUAAGGCACAGUUAUUAAGAUAGUUGGUAUGUAUGUUUCUAAACAUCCAAAGUGUUAGAGUAAAAUAAAAAAUAUUUAAUUUUAUUACAUUUGUUACAAAAGAA